GACCUUGGCUCCAUCUCUGUCAUUGUCCCCAAGUCCAUGGCCAAUUCUCUCUUAAACACCAGGACAAUUUCCUAUGCUGGAUGUGUGUCCCAGGUCUUUCUCUUCUUCCUCUUUUGUACAGCCGAUCUUGCAUUCCUCACCAUCAUGGCAUAUGACCGGUACGUUGCCAUCUGCAAGCCGCUGCAUUAUGAGAUAAUAAUGAACAGGAGAGCUUGCAUCCAGAUGGCUGCCUGUGCUUGGGCUGCUGGUGUCAUGUACUCUGCACUGCACACUGGGAACACCUUUAGUCUCCCCUUCUGCCACUCAAAUAUCAUCAACCAGUUCUUCUGUGAAAUACCCCAGCUGCUCAAGCUCUCCUGCUCCGACACAUACCGCAGGGAGCUGGCAGCCCUUGCCUUCAGUGCUUUUUUAUGUUUAAGUUGUCUUGCUUUCAUCGUUGUCUCGUAUGUUCAGAUCUUCACCGCGGUGUGGAGCAUCCCCUCGGAGCAGGGCCGGCAGAAAGCCUUCUCCACCUGCAUUCCUCACCUUAUCGUGGUCUCCCUGCUUCUUUCCACUGCUGUCAUUGCCUACACGAAGCCCAUCUCUGACUCCCCGUCCCCUCUGGAUCUCCUGGCGGCUGUUCUGUAUUCUGUGGUGCCUCCA